AUGGGACUAAUUAGUGCUAUAAUUUGGUUAUUUAAUGAAAUUCAAACAAUGUAUCAUAUUAUGUUAUCACCUAUACGCGGCAUUACACAUAAAGAAAGAUUAGAAAGUUUUUAUGCUGGUCAGGCUAAAAAUUAUGAUUCAUAUAGAAAAAAAUUACUUGCUUGUAGAAAAACAUUAUUGGAUAAACUGCCAUUUGGUGGAAUUUGGGUUGACAUGGGUGGUGGCACAGGUUUUAACAUUGAGUAUAUAGCACAAUUGGGUAGAUUAAAAUAUUACACAAAAGUUUAUCUAGUAGAUUUAAGUCCAUCUUUGUUACAAAUUGCAGUAAAACGAAUCGAAGAAAAUGGAUAG